ACCUAUGGUAUGUCGGUACGCCCUUGUAAAGUGGUACGGUACCACAGUACAUAAUAGCACACGGUUAUAGAACUUCCUUAUCUCUCCCCGAUGCUGGAUUGAUCUAGGCAAUGACCAACAGUAAGCUUAUCAGUGGAAGCGGGGUCACUCAACCCACUGCGCCGGGAACGGAUGGACUACCUGUAGUGUAGAAGACGGAGUCUCUGGAGUCCUUGUUGAUAUGUAUUUAUGAGAGAGCUGUAGACAGUAUUUCCACAACAGCUGCUGCUUUGUCGACGAGUCCUGCCUUCUCACCCAGGUGCCAUCUCUAUUAGCAAUCUGUACCACCCAGGUGCAUCCAUAGGGCUGUAAAGGGCCUAAUCAAGCAGCGCGCCAAGAUGCAUCUCAUACCGCGAGAGAUCGACAAGAUCACCAUCUCGCAGCUGGGCUUCCUCGCCCAGAGGCGCCUGGCCCGGGGCGUGCGACUGAACCAUGUCGAGGCCACUGCCCUCAUCGCUUCGACCCUCCAGGAACUGAUCCGCGACGGGCACCACACGGUCGCGGACCUCAUGUCGCUGGGCGCCACCAUGCUCGGGCGGCGGCACGUGCUGCCCGAGGUGUGCUCUACGCUGCACGAGGUGCAGAUCGAGGGCACGUUCCCCUCGGGCACCUUCCUGGUGACGGUGCAGAACCCGAUCGCGACCGACGACGGCGACCUCGCGCGCGCCCUGUACGGCAGCUUCCUGCCCGUCCCGCAAAACGCGGCCGAGCUGUUCCCGCUGCCGCCCGCGGAGGAGUACGCGCCCGAGCGCCAGCCCGGGGCGGUUGUUGUUGCUGCUGUGAAGGAGGGAGUGGUCCGGCUGAAUGAGGGCCGCAGGCGGACCAGACUCAGGGUGACCAACCGCGGGGACCGGCCCGUCCAGGUGGGCAGCCACUACCAUUUCAUCGAGGUCAACCCCCAGUUGGAGUUUGACCGGCUGCGCGCGUACGGGUUCCGGCUGGACGUGGCCUCGGGGACGUCGGUGCGGUUCGAGCCCGGCGACACCAAGACGGUGACGCUCGUGGAGAUUGCGGGAGGCAAAGUGAUCCGCGGUGGGAAUGGGAUGGCCUCCGGGGUGGUGGACUUGCGCCGGGCGGAGGAGAUCCUGGAGAGGUUGCAACAGGCCGGGUUUGCGCAUGCCCCCGACCCGGCGGGCGAUUCGGCCUUCCUGACCACGACCGAGGGCGCGACGCUGGACCGCAGGACGUAUGCGACCAUGUUCGGCCCGACGACGGGCGACCGGGUCCGGCUCGGCAAGACGGAUCUGUGGAUCAGGGUCGAGAAGGACUACACCGUGUACGGCGACGAGUGCAAAUUUGGCGGCGGGAAGUCGCUGCGCGACGGCAUGGGCCAGGCGACGGGGCGGACGGAUGCCGAGACGCUCGAUCUCGUGGUGACGAACGCGCUGGUGGUCGACUGGACGGGCAUCUACAAGGCCGACAUCGGCGUCAAGGAGGGCUUCAUCGUCGGCAUCGGCAAGGCCGGGAACCCGGAUGUCAUGGACGGGGUGACGCCGGGCAUGGUCGUGGGCAGCUGCACGGAUGUGAUCGCCGGCGAGGGGAAGAUCCUCACGGCCGGCGGCAUCGACAGCCACAUCCACUACAUCUGCCCGCAGCAGGCCGACGAGUCGAUCGCGACGGGCAUCACGACGAUGCUCGGAGGCGGGACGGGGCCAAGCGCCGGCACAACGGCCACCACGUGCACGCCCGGGGCGUACUACACGCGCGAGAUGCUCCGGGCGCUCGACCAGCUGCCGGUCAACAUCGGCGUCACGGGCAAGGGCAACGACAGCGACGUGUGCGGGCUCCGUGACAUGGUGGAGGCGGGCGCGUGCGGACUCAAGCUGCACGAGGACUGGGGCAGCACGCCGGCGGCAAUCGACGCGUGCCUCGGCGUCUGCGACGAGCUGGACGUGCAGUGCAUGAUCCACACCGACACGCUCAACGAGUCGGGCUUCGUCGAGCAGACCAUCGGCGCCAUAAAGGGCCGCACCAUCCACGCCUACCACACCGAGGGCGCCGGCGGCGGGCACGCGCCCGACAUCAUCCGCAUCGCCGAGUACGCCAACGUGCUGCCGUCGUCGACGAAUCCGACGCGGCCCUUCACGCGCAACACGCUGGACGAGCACCUCGACAUGCUCAUGGUGUGCCACCACCUGAGCAAGAACAUCCCCGAGGACGUGGCCUUCGCCGAGAGCCGCAUCCGCUCCGAGACCAUCGCGGCCGAGGACGUGCUGCACGACCUGGGCGCCAUCAGCAUGAUGAGCAGCGACAGCCAGGCCAUGGGCCGCUGCGGCGAGGUCGUGCUGCGCACCUGGCACACCGCCCACAAGAACAAGCUGCAGCGCGGUCCCUUGCCCGAGGACGAGGGCACCGGCGCCGACAACUUCCGCGUCAAGCGCUACGUCUCCAAGUACACCAUCAACCCGGCCAUCGCCCAGGGCAUGGCCCACCUGGUCGGCAGCGUCGAGGUCGGCAAGCUGGCCGACCUGGUGCUCUGGGACCCGGCCUGGUUCGGCAGCAAGCCGGCCUGCGUGGUCAAGAGCGGCAUGAUCGCAUGGGCACAGAUGGGCGACGCCAACGCCUCGAUCCCCUCCAUCCAGCCCAUGAUGGCCCGCCCCAUGUUCGCCGCCCUCGUGCCCGAGAUGAGCGUGGCCUUCGUGUCGCAGGUCAGCAUCGACAGCGGCCGCGUCGCCUCGUACGGCCUGCGCAAGCGCGUCGCCCCCGUCAAGAACUGCCGCGCCAUCGGCAAGCGCGACAUGAAGUUCAACGACGCCAUGCCCAACAUCAGCGUCGACCCGGAGAGCUACGUCGUCGAGGCCGACGGCGUGGUGUGCGAUGCCGAGCCCGUCCUCGAGCUGCCCAUGGCCCAGAGUCGGUUUAUGUACUGAGCGGAGGGUUGCAACGGGGUAAAGUAAGGGCUUGGAUGAUGAUGGUGAGCGGGUUGGUUAUUCAUUGAGGGUGAAUUGUAUGCUUUCGUUGUCCAAUUCAGAUCGAUCUGACUAUUGUCGUGAAGCAUAAGGUGCCUCUUUCUUGACAUAUCUCGACUCGCAGAGAAGCAGCCUGAGAGAGAUGUCGGCUGUCUGCUCUCCGAUCUCAAGUGUGCAAGUAAUCAGUAAGAAACCGUAAAUGUUACUCCACUACCUAUCUACCUAGGUUGAGAGUCAGAGUCAAACGGCUUGCAGAUGUAAGGUACAGUACCUA